AUGACCAAGCAUAUUCACGAAGUUGAAAGAGCUCGUUACCAACCGCCUUUACUCAAGUUCUACGAACCCGAGAAAGAAUUGGUCAUACAGUGUGAUGCAAGCGAAGGGGGACUUGGGGCUGCUUUAUUGCAAGAUGACAGACCAAUAGCUUAUGCAAGUCGGGCACUCAAUUCGACUGAGCGUAAUUACGCUCAAAUUGAGAAGGAACUCUUGGCGAUUGUGUUCGCGGCAGAACGAUUUCAUCAAUACACAUUUGGAAGACCAGUAUGCGUUGACUCUGACCACAAACCAUUGGAAACCAUAUUUGCGAAGCCUCUCGUUUCUGCGCCCAGACGAUUACAGAGAAUGUUGAUGCGGCUACAAAUGUAUGACCUGAGUGUGAGAUACAAAAGAAGGACUGAAUUAUAUCUUGCAGAUACGCUAAGUAGACACUAUCUGACAGCGGUACAAGAGACCAGAGAAGCAGAUGUUCUGAAUUACUUGUCAGAUGUGGAGAUAGAGCAGGGAGAGCAUGAGGAAAUCAUGGAGAUCAACCAAUUGUUGGCGAGUGAAGAUGUUGCUAACAUGUAUCGAGAUAAAACAGAUCAAAAUGAAGAUUUGCAGGUGUUAAAGAGAGUCAUACAGUCCGGAUGGCCUGUGGUUAAGAACAACCUGCCAGCCGCAGUGGGGUCCUACUUUCAUAUCCGUGAUGAAUUGGUGGUCCAAGAUGGGCUGAUAUUACGCGGUGAUCGACUAGUUAUUCCUAAGGCACAUCGAAAGACAAUGAUGGAAAGUCUUCAUGGGAUCGAAGCAGAUGUGGAGAUAGAGCAGGGAGAGCAUAAGGAAAUCAUGGAGAUCAACCAAUUGUUGGCGAAUGAAGAUGUUGCUAACAUGUAUCGAGAUAAAACAGAUCAAGAUGAAGAUUUGCAGGUGUUAAAGAGAGUCAUACAGUCCGGAUGGCCUGUGGUUAAGAACAACCUGCCAGCCGCAGUGGGGUCCUACUUUCAUAUCCGUGAUGAAUUGGUGGUCCAAGAUGGGCUGAUAUUACGCGGUGAUCGACUAUUAUAUAAGACAUCAAAUAAUAUGGAAAGUCUUAAACAAAAAUCGAAGAAUCGCGAUAGAUAA